UCCUUGGAUGAACGCGCCAUUCAUUGCGCAUUGCUUAGGAUUGAAAAAUGUUAAGUUUUAGGCAAGAAUUCAACUUAAAGAACUUCGAGUUGAACUACAAACCUGCAAGACACUUUUUUGAGUCACCGUGGUUCCCAACACCAGUUCUUAUCGUCUAUCGAUCAGUGUUCUUCCUCUACAGCAUCUCAUGGAUCAUAUACAGGCUUAUUGCACACGAUAGGUUCCGUCAAGUUGUGGUGCUUUUCUACCUUACAAACUGGUCCUACUUUGUUCUUAUUAUCUACUUCUUUGUGUCAGCGGUCUCUACCAUCUUCGAGUACACCAAGCAAAGACAACGACAAGUCCACACAGCGGAUGCUGAACGAGGUCAUGCGCAUACCACUGAAGGCAACGCGCGGUGGUUCCAACAGGCUCAGUGGUUAUUCUACAGUGUUUCUGCAACCAUGGCGCUUGGUGUCACAUUCUUCUUCUGGUUGUUUGUUUACGAUGGAACUGGAGUCACUCUUUCAGACGUCAACGUCCAUAUUCUGAAUUCUGUGUUCAUGUUAAUUGACCACUCCCUAAGCUCCAUGCCCGUGCGUCUAUUCCAUAUGAUAUACCCCAUGGCGUUCACGAMUCUGUAUAUGAUAGCUACAAUGCUGUACUGGGCAUUUAUCAGCAAGGAGUACAUAUACAAGGCUACGGACUACAAUAACAACCCUCUUCAAGCCAUUGGAAUAUUUUUACUCGGUAUACUGGUUGCUGGUCCCGUUAUCCAUACGUUUUACUAUGCCACGUACAGGCUAAGGCGGUAUGCAGCGUCCAAGAGAAAGCGAGAUGGUAUGGAGGAGAUCGAGGAGGAAAUGGAGGAAAGAUAAUGCCUUCUGAAAAAUGGAAUGGUUCGAUAUCUCGGAUGGGUUUGGGUGUAAAUUGAAGCAGUUGGGACUGGUCGGAGAGUGUAGUCUAAAACCUUGCCUAAGCGAGAAAUCAUUUCUAAAGUAUCCUACAUCAAUCAAAAGAGACAGCAUUUUUGAAAAUAUUAACACACAACUAUAAAAAACAUCACACACAAAUCGAUACUUGGCUAGUUUAAAUAAAUAGACGUUUCUUAUAAGGCUCCUUAGAUAGAAAAAAAAUUGAUUACUAGAAAGUUUGCUUUCUAGUUAUUGCAAGUUCAAGGUUUUCAAUUUUUAACUGCAAUUUGUAUCAUUAACAACUUAUUGAUAAAGGAAUAAAUCAUAUCACCUCACACGAUCUAACAAUACUUAGGCGAUCGAACAAAUCCUUGUGAGCUCAAAGCCUACCUUUAUGUUGACUCAACGCUUUACAUUUGGCAGCUGUUUGCUUAUGCCACAAUUAAAUAAYGUCCUUCAUGUAGACAAGAACACCAAAUAAAGUAAUAAAAGUGUACCUGAAAUAUUGAAGUAGCUAUGUAAGUAGUACCCAUCAAACAAAACAAAUAAAACAGGCAAAACGAAAAAAAAAAAAAAAAAAAAAAAAAAAAAAAAAAAAAA